AUGAGCCAGGACCAGCCAAAGUGCCCUGUGGACCACGCGGCCCGCGAAAAGUGGCUUGCGAAGGCCAAGCAGACAGAGCGGGCCAGACAGAGCCCGUCUCGGGAGCCCGCGGCCCCGCAGUCGUUCCUCUCGCGACUGCUGUGGGCACCAUCCGUUCCAGCUCAGAUCGCCCCCUCCCAGAGCAUAUACCCGCCAGGACACCCACCGGCCACCGGCAGCUCCUCGGAAACGUGUCCUGUCGACCACGAAGCGCGCAAAACGUGGCUCACCGCAGGAAAAACGACGUUUGCUCCCGAGGCCGUGGAGCAGGACACAACGUGCUCCUCCGACGACCUAGACUCGCCAAAGCCGAUCGUCGUGGACGUGGACCUCCCUGAGGAGCGCGAGGUCUCGUCCAUCCCACGUACGGGCGCAAAAUCGAACUGGAUAUAUCCGUCGCAGAAACAGUUCUUCAACGCCAUGAGACGCAAAGAUUGGAACCCGGACGCGGGAGACAUGAAAACCAUCGUUCCGAUCCACAAUAUGGUGAACGAGCGGGCAUGGGCGUACAUUCUGAUGUGGGAAAACGGUCAGGGAGGCGAGAAUUGCGGUGGAGUCCAGCUGACGUCUUUCAAGGGAGACUCGAAGAAAAUCACUCCUCGUGCGCGGAUCCGCAACCUGAUUUUUGGCGCAGACCUGCCGUUCGACAGACACGAUUGGAUCGUGGACCGGUGCGGGAAAAGAGUGGACUAUGUGAUCGAUUUCUACAGCACUCCGCCGGCAAAGGAGGGAGACCCGGCAUUUUAUCUGGACGUGCGUCCCAAGCUCAACACCCUCGAAGGAUGUCGUCUGAGACUGUUCAAAGCAUUAGGACUCUAG